AUGCGGCCCCCCAAAAUCCAGCGGGUCACGCUGCUAAUGACCGCCGUAUCCUGUGUGCUGAUUGGCUGUGGAACCUGUCAAUCAAACUCAUCCAAUGGCUUCCAGCUCUCCGAUGACCUGACAGCCGGCCAAAGCUCAGGUCACGAAUCUCUGAUGAUGCCCUCGGGGUCAAAGCACGUGACCCCUGACCCCAGAGCUGUCCGGCCGCUGUCGCUGCCCCCGGCGUGUCUGAGGAGGACCUACAUCGAGGGCUUGUUCAAAUAUGUCAACACGGUUCUGUCCAGCCUCAUCUUUGUGGUGGGGAUGGUGGGAAACGCCACGCUGCUGAGGAUCAUCUACCUCAACAAGACCAUGAGGAACGGCCCGAACGCUCUGAUCGCCAGCCUGGCGCUGGGAGACCUCAUCUACAUCGCCAUCGACAUCCCCAUCAACGUCUAUAAGCUGCUGGCGAUGCGGUGGCCCUUCGAUGACAGUGUGUUCGGUCUGUUCCUGUGCAAACUGAUGCCGUUUCUACAGAAAGCAUCAGUCGGAAUAACAGUUCUCAAUCUGUGUGCACUCAGUGUGGACAGGUAUCGUGCGGUCGCGUCGUGGAGUCGUGUUCAGGGUGUGGGGAUCCCUGUGUCCACGGCUGUAGAGAUCGUGUGUAUCUGGCUGCUGGCUGUAGUUUUGGCCGUUCCUGAGGCCAUCGGCUUCACAAUGGUCAGUUUCGACUACAACAACGUCACCAUCCGCACCUGCAUGCUGAAACCAGAGACGCCUUUCAUCACGGACAUCAGCAACAACAAUGAUCCGUCUUUAACAAGAUACAUAGACACUAAUCUUUUCUUGCUGGUGUUCGAUUACCUGAGUAUAAAUCUGGCAACCAUCAACUCCUGCAUCAAUCCCAUAAUCCUCUACUUCGUCAGCAAGAAGUUCAAGAACUGCUUCAGGUCGUGUUUGUGUUGCUGGUGUUAUCCGGCCGGCUCGCUCUUGAGCAGCGUCGUGCCCCUGAACGGGACCAGCUUCCAGUACAAGAGCCCUGAUCAGAACGGCUUAUCGGACCGGACCGCGCUGCGCAAGGACAGCUACAACUGACCUCAAUCACACACAC